AUGAAGUUUCUCCCUCUACCCGAAUUUGAAGACGUGACGAGCUCCCUGAAUUUCGACACGGCCGACUGCCACAUUGUUGGGGGUUGCGAACUGUAUAUAACCAAAGCCCCCCGGUCCGAUCGCAAGCUUUACAAGAACAUUGAACAAUCACUGGAAGCACAGUAUGAGUCUGUCCUUCGUUUAUCUGCGUCACUGUCACCCCCAACUGCAUCGGAUGCAGCCGCGUCUCUGAACCUGUCCCGAUCAAGCCCAUUCGGACCCCUGAGUGACCAUUCAAGUCGACGGACGUUUGCGUACCUCAUCGCGACUCUGAACGCCAGCCACCCAGAUUACGAUUUUUCACAUGUUUUGCGACCUUCGGACUUCCACCGUGAGAAGAAUUUGAAGAGGGUAAUGAACACAAUCGACUCUACGCUGUUUAAUCUUCGCCCACGCGAAACACUUGAUCUUACGCCCCCAUCCCCGUCCGCAGUAUCUGGAUCAUACAACUCUGAAGCUUCUGCCAGAUGGGGUCGGAGAAUGUGGAAGAUCUUGGAUGAACAGUUAUCUCUUAAGGAGUGCAACAUCUACUCAUAUUCGCCGGACGAGGAUCCGUCGGAUGCGGACGACGGGGCCAUCUGGAGCCUUCACUAUUUCUUCUUCAACCGUAUUCGCAAGCGUGUUUGUUACCUUUACGUCAAGGCAAUCCCCAUCUUGAGUCACACACCCAGCGAGGGUCUUGCUACUCCCGUGUCAAAAAGGACAUUCGAUGAUGGUAUCCUCACGCCCAAUCUUAGCACGAGCAAGCGUGCUAAAUACUGGUUCGGUGAAAAUGUCGAAAUUGAGAGCGAUAGUGAUGGAGAGAACAAAUAUCUUAUGAGCGACGAGGAUUUCCGAUCACGAUCCGUCAGCAAGGGUACCGUUCGUGCCAUGAGCGAGGAGAUUGCCGAUUCAAUGGAAGUUUGA